CAGGCUUAAACGUUUAUAGAUUCAUUCCUUUGAAAAUGAUGCCUCUAUUUCUUUUUAAAUCUCAAAGAUGUUGAGCUUGAAGUCCUCUCUUCACAAUAACCAUUUACAGACAAACCCUGAGAAGGUAUAAUUGCACCCUUCCUUGGCAACUUUAAAUCAAAUUAACUAAAUACUUGGUGAGGAGAGAGAAAAAAGCAAACGCAUUUUUUGCAACGUAUCAGCCUGGGUGAGGAGGCACUGCAGCCGCAGAAGGAGCUGACGGUAACUUGGGCUUUCCCACUCUGGAAGCAAAGGGGGGAAUUAUGGGUUGGUGGUCUGCCUCAUGCUAGGAGGACACCCCUCCAUCUGUUCACAGCUCAGCCUGCUUCCAAUUUAAAGCACAGAUUUCAACACAAACCUCAAAUUUUCCCCCACCCCAUUUUAAAUGCAAAAGCAAGACUUGUGAAUCAGAGAACGUCUCUCUGCUCCUGGGAUUCAGACCAAAUUUCCCCCCAAAAUUCGCAGGCUAUUUGUUUGCAUACCUGCUUACCGUGGCACACAAUGGGCAGCUUUGAGAAGAAAAAUUGAUAAUCUUCACGGAAGAGCAAUUUGAAUGAAAUUACACUUGACAGCCUGUCUCCAAGCAAACAAGAGCAGCGAGGGAGCCUGAGCUAGACUCUGAGGACUUGCCCAAGCCCCUGCCGUUUGGAGCUUCCCGGGGAGGGGGGAAAACCCCACCAGUUUUUCCAACAUCUAAUUGAGCUUCUGAUUAAUUCCGUGUACCAGAUUCUGCUGAAGGAAGGUAGCCAUGGAAGAGAAUAUGGAAGAGGGGCAGACACAAAAAGGGUGUUUUGAAUGUUGUAUUAAGUGCCUGGGAGGCAUUCCCUACGCUUCUCUGAUUGCCACCAUCUUGCUGUAUGCUGGUGUUGCCCUGUUCUGUGGUUGUGGUCAUGAAGCUCUUUCUGGAACUGUCAAUAUUCUGCAAACCUACUUUGAGAUGGCAAGGACUGCUGGAGAUACAUUGGAUGUUUUCACCAUGAUUGACAUCUUUAAGUAUGUGAUCUACGGCAUCGCAGCUGCGUUCUUUGUGUAUGGUAUUUUGCUGAUGGUGGAAGGCUUCUUCACAACUGGGGCCAUCAAAGAUCUCUACGGGGACUUCAAAAUCACCACGUGUGGGAGAUGUGUGAGCACCUGGUUUAUCAUGCUGACGUACCUCUUCAUGUUGGCCUGGCUGGGAGUCACCGCCUUCACCUCACUGCCAGUUUACAUGUACUUCAACCUCUGGACCAUCUGCCGGAACACCACCUUAGUAGAGGGAGCAAAUCUCUGCCUGGACCUUCGUCAGUUUGGGAUUGUUACAAUUGGAGAGGAAAAGAAAAUCUGUACUGUCUCUGAGAAUUUCUUGAGGAUGUGUGAAUCUACUGAGCUGAACAUGACCUUCCAUUUGUUUAUCGUGGCGCUUGCUGGUGCUGGGGCCGCAGUCAUUGCUAUGGUUCACUACCUUAUGGUUCUGUCUGCCAACUGGGCCUACGUGAAGGAUGCCUGCCGGGUGCAGAAGUAUGAGGACAUCAAGUCAAAGGAGGAACAAGAACUUCACGAUAUCCACUCUACCCGUUCCAAAGAGCGGCUCAAUGCUUACACAUAAAUGCGUCUUCCCAUUCUUUCUACCAUUAGAAUGCAUUGGUGUUUAACUAAGGGCCAUCCAACCAUCCAAUCUUUGAAAAACAAAAAUGAGAAGUGCUUCUCAUCAAAGAUCUGUAAGGUGACUCCUGAGUCAUUGCCUGAAAACAAUUCUUUGUUGCUUAGCACUUGAUCUCCUAAUUUGUCAGAUCAGUGUGAUCAGAUCUUCUCUACAAGCUCCUAUCCAGCCUUUUCUUUGAAAUUUCUCAAACUCAUUUAAUAGCUCUAUAAAAUCAAAGUUAACCAACAUUGUCACAGGCCAAGAUUUGUUUGAUUUUUUUUUCUUAACAACUUCCCAUGUGUUAUAGACAUAACUAUCUUUUGCAUUAUUUCUUAAUGUUUUGAAAGGAAAAUAGCUUUUUAUACUUUUUAGUUGUGAUUUUGGUAACUAGUUUAACUAUAGAUAACCUUCAAAGGGACCAUUGUACAUUACAAACAACAGAAACAGACAUAGAUGGUACCAUGAGACUCUUGUUGAAAUGCGGAGAUUUUGUCAAUUACGAUAGGCCCUGGUUAAAUGGUUUCAUCAAUCUAAGGUGCAAUUUCUAAAUUUGUAAGAGUAGGUCAAAAAAAAAGUGCUUCUUAUCUUCGUUAGCAUUGUAUUUUUUCUUGAUGUACUUACAAGGUAUUUCUCUAUGAUUACUCAUGUUUAUGUUGUGAGCAUGUAGAUAAAGUAAUGCUAAUGCAUGGCAUUUUAAAGACUGUGACACCAGACUUAACCUUUUCAAGUUUAGUACAUAGAGACAAUUUUAAUGGAAAUAACUACUAUGGACUACUGGAGAAUGAUCUCUUGGUGAUUUAAGCAGUGGCUGGAUGGGAACUUUUAAUAUGCUAAUGUGGAACAUUAAUUACCUUUAUGAAGGUGGUAUAUUAAAAAUAAGCACACUAAUCCCCUUCCUCAGAAGUUGUUUUACCUACUUUAAAAGUUUUCAUGGAUUGCACCUCUGUAAACUACUCCUAAAAUGUGUAUGAUAUAUUUGAAAAGGCUUUCCAUUAAUAUAAUAGCUUUGCUUGCAACCUUCCAAUCUACGUCCUUUCCCUGUAGUGUUUUCUCAAGUGUGGUCAGAGGCACCUCCUGCAGAAUGUGUUGUUUGGAAGUGUAGUGAUAUUCUCGUGUUUUCCUUUUAAGUGAGUCAUUUUAGCCGAAUGUUCAUUCAAAUCCACUUAUAUCAAAGGAAUAAAAAAAAAAUCAGUAUUAUUGGACCAAAUUUGUUGUUUGUUUUAACCUUGACUCUCUUCUUUUGAUUAUUUCUAAUGCUACAAGAAUGCUGUAAAGUAUCUUUUAAAAUGAUGUAGCCUGACAAGACAUUUUUGUCAGUGAAUAAAACUAGGUAAUAUCAUACACUGAUUUGAUGAUUGUGAAAUCCUUUCUCAGUGUAAUUGCAUUUCUAAUAAAAUUUAUUGAGUGAAACAAUCUUUGUACAAUGACUAGUCAUGCACCAUCAGUAAUUUUCCAAGUUCUUGUAGUACAUGGGGUGGGGGAUUACUAGCAUUAUCUGUGGCAUGAUUAUGCAUUCUGUAGUAUUAUUUAAUUUGGGGUUCCUUUUGCUUCUUUUUUUUUUACACUUAGAUUAUCCUACUGGUUCAACAUUUUUAUGAUACAUGCAGUAUUACAGAUAUUUAGCAAGAGUAUUAAUGGGCUUCUUUAAAUACUAUAUUGUAGUGUUUCAGUUCUGUGUCUUAAUAGUAUGUGAUGAUUUUUAGAACUGUCUUUUAAACUUAUGUAAUGAUGUUGAGACUUUGGCUUUUGUUUCUGGCAUUACAGUUUGUAUUUUUACAAGAGUGCUUUGUAGCAGGCAUUACAGUUAAAUCUGUUUUGUACAUAAACGUGCCAACGGCUUGAUGGUGGCGUUUUUGAAAUGUAGAGAAAAGUGCUUGCAAAAUGUAAUAAAUACACUUGUGUACUUUGUGUACUUA